AGUGAUGUAUCUGUAUGUAGUACAAUGAGUCAUGGAUUGUUUAAUGAAUAUGUAACUCGUUAUCAUAUCAUUCUUAUUGCGCUGUUUUAAUGUAUAGGCGAUUAACAUAUUAAAAGGGACACUUGACUGACUUGACAAUAGACUCAAUCACAUCUCAGUACACUUUGCCCAAGACGAAAAUUGUGAGAUUACGGAAGUGAUAAUUACGUUGACUAUAUUGUGUAAAAUAUACUGUGAAAAAACAAUGAGUUGGAUACGAAAUAGCCCACGGCGAACAAGUUUCAGCAAACAACGAUCCAGAGACUCGCCACCAAAAGAUGCUGAUCCGUCUGCAUGUUAUGAUAGCUUUUGCAAACAUUCACAACAGAUUUAUGAAAUUAUUCUACAUUCUUUACCUCCUAAAGGAAUACCUAGUCAAGAUGACGUACUUGGAGUUGUUAAUCAUAUCGACCAAAUGGUGACGUUACUGAUAUUAGAGCUACGGGAUUCAAAUUUGCAUAAUCAUUAUCAACAGGGUAACACUGCAACGCAUUCUCCAUGUUUAGAAUAUUUGUUAAGUGAAAAUUUGCUUGUUAAGCUGUACGAUUGGAGUAUACAUACAGGAAGAUUUAAUAAUGCUGUAAGAUUGGAACAAAUAAAACUAUAUGAAUUAUUAGUUUCACAUAGCGGUAUUCUUCUUGCACAUGAGCCAGUUAUGAGGCCACUUCUACGAUUGUUAGAAGAAUGUGCAAAUGAUGUUAUGCCAUUAGAAGUAGAAAAAAAAUUAGUAGUAUUGUUGAAUCAGCUUUGCGUUGCCUUAAUGCAAAACAUGGCAUUACUUGACUUGUUUUUUCAACCAACUGCACCUGGAAAGAAUAAAUUCAUUAUAUUUAAUCUAUUAAUACCUCAUAUUCAUCGAGAAGGUGAUGUCGGUCAGCAAGCACGUGAUGCAAUGUUAUUGUGUAUGUCACUUUCAAAAAAAAAUGACGAAGUUGGAUUAUAUAUUGCUGACCAUUCCAAUAUAUGUCCUGUACUAGCUACAGGAUUAAGUGGCCUUUAUUCUUUACUUCCAAGGAAACUCGACAUUGAAACAGAUGAUUGGCAUCAAUUGACACCAGAUGAUGUAAAUGACUUACCUGCACUUACACAACUUAUGAAUUCUCUAGAAUUUUGCAAUGCAGUUGCACAGGUAGCACAUCCAAUGGUACAAAAACAAUUACUUGAAUUUUUAUAUCAAGGUUUUCUGAUUCCUGUCAUGGGUCCGGCAUUGUUACAAGUGAGUAUUGAUUUACUAAGUUAUAAAAGAGCAAUUACACAUAAAGGUAAAUAUAUCGAUGAAAGGAGGCUGCUCCAAUGACCUUGACCU